CGCCAAUUUUUACAUUUCUUCGCUCUGAAACAAUGUUGUUGACCCCAGGAGAUAAAGUACCCAAGGCGGGUUGGCUCGGACUUGACUCAGAGCACUAAGCCUCCUCCUCCUCUUCCAGUUGAUGGUUAAGAUCUCUGGCUCACAAACCCAGGUGAGAAAGGAAGAUUUUUGUUUUCUGGGUUUGGUGAAUUUGUGAUGGAGGAGGAAACAUCUGAUACAAUGAACCUAGAUUUGAACUUGGGUCCUGUUCCUGAAGCAGGAUCAGGAUCGAUAUCGACUGAAGCUGUUAAUUUGGAUGAUUGGGUAGACCCAUUUGAAAGAAUAAGGGAAGCUAUUAGGCAUAGGCGGUGGAGAUGGCAUCCGGUUCAAAGUCCAACUGUAACAGAAGACAUCUCAAUGGAAUUGGAUCAAUCAUUGCGAAAUUUAGGCAAUAUAGGUACAUUACAUGCAGGGGAAGGUAGUGUUGCUGCUGAGGAAAGAAUAAAUGAUGUAUCAAAAAUGUGUGAAAAUAACAAUGGGUUUAUGGAAGAUGAUGUUUCAGAGAAGAAGGAUGAUGUUGAGAAGGGUAGUGGCAAUGAUGGAAGCUUUUUUGAUUGUAACAUAUGCUUGGAUUUGGCCAAGGAUCCUGUUGUGACGUGUUGUGGUCACCUGUUCUGUUGGUCCUGCCUUUACCGAUGGUUAAAUGUUCAUUCAUAUGCGAAGGAAUGUCCAGUCUGCAAGGGAGAGGUGACAAUUAAAACUGUAACCCCAAUUUAUGGUCGUGGUAAUGCUUCUCGAGGGGUGGAAGAUGACUCAGGUCUCAAGAUCCCUCGUAGGCCACAUGCAAGGCGGGUUGAAAGCUUCAGGCAAACGAUCCGAAGAACUGCUCUCAAUCUUCCAGUGGAGGAGAUGAUUCGGCGUCUUGGAAGUAGAUUUGAUUUGACCCGUGACUUGACUCCUCCAAGGGAUGCCAAUGGAGCACAAGAAUCAACAGAAAGAAUUAGUCCCUUUAUAAACAGGAUUUUCACAUCUCGUGGAAUGCAUGCUGAGCAAGAUUCUGCUGUGCUGCUAGAAGAUGUCAACUUAACGCAGGGUAACACUGCUGGACCUGAGGGUUCCUAUCGUGCCAUACCGCUUCAAAGAGAAUCACGGUUGCUGCGUAGAGCUGCUAGGAUAUCAUUGUCAUCACCACGGAGCUCAGCCGAAAGGUUUGUUGAGCAUUAUUUUCGAAGCCACUCCAUAGGAAGAAAUCAAGAGCAUGCACCAGUGGAUGAUAGAGAUUCCUUUUCCAGCAUUGCUGCCAUGAUAAACUCAGAAAGUCAAAUGGACACUGCCGUGGAGAUAGACUCUGUGGUAUCGCUUUCAUCAUCAACUUCGAGAAGAAGAAAUGAUCCUUCAAGGGUUUCAGAUGUGGAUAGUGGCGAUUCUCGUGCACCUAGAAGGAGACGAUUGAACUAGAAAGAGCCCUUCAGUUUCUUGCUCCCCAGAACUGCUCAAAAUUAGUUAUCUGUUGCAGUUCGUUUAGAUUGCUUUCCUUCAAUAGAAUUUUCAGAUCCUUGAUCUAAGGAUAAUUGUGAAUUUUAUAUGAUGUAUUUCAUGACUUCACUUGUGGGGUUCGAGAUUAUAACAUCUUUGCUUUAGGGUAUGGGUAUCGGCGGUGUGGUUUGAUAUGAAUUUUAAUAUUUUAUAAAUCAAUCUAAUUUAA